CAGAUAACGUGACGGAACAUGGAUACCUGACCUAUCUGUCGCAUACCAAUGCUGCGGCAAACAGCGGUGUCUGGCUCGCAGGCUGAGGAAAAACCUGCAUCGGGAUAUGUGGUGGGUCACUCAAAGCCACAUUCCCCUCGGGGCAAUAGCGUGACAAAAUAAGUUCUCGGCCCUUAUUAGUUUGGGUAAGGGGAAGCGACGAGCAGACAGGACCCAUCGACGAGGGAAACACGCUGGAAAUGUGAUUUGGAAAUCACUAUCUGUCGCCUGGAUGGAGAUGUUCGGUUAGUAUGAUCGAAUCGCUGAAUUUUAAGAUUCAGCCGCUGUUGUCGGGCUGGGAUUAGCUUUGCGAUUAGCUUGGGGUUUGCUUUUUUUCUUUUGUUCUGCUUAUGGGUUUGGGUUUAAAGUAUUUAUAUACCCUUUUGUGCGUUGUCCGUCGUUGAUUUAAUUAUUGACAUCGAAAAUGGCUUCUCCCUUUACUGUCACAGAGCAUGUGGUUGAUUGCCAGCAUAUUCGGGAGUAUUCCCGGGCAACGCGAACGGCGGAAGAUCCCCUGAAGCUGGUGGUGAAGAGAUACACCCCCAAGUCGAACCCAAACCCGCAACCUGGAGAUGUCACCAUCAUCGGUGCCACCGGGGGCGGAUUUCCCAAGGAAGUCUACGAGCCGCUCUGGGAAGAGGUGUAUGGCAAAUUGAACCGCCAGGGCCGGCGUAUCCGCUCGAUCUGGAUCGCGGAUUCGGUGAACCAAGCUGCAAGUGGCAUACUCAAUGAAGAGCACCUCGGGAACGAGCCGUCGUGGCUGGACCAUAGCCGUGACCUGCUCUACAUGAUCAAUCAGUUCAAGGCCGACAUGCCCCGCCCGAUUAUGGGGGUCGGGCACAGUCUGGGGGCUGGACAGGUUGCGCUUUUAUCCCUGAUACACCCCCGUCUAUUCACUUCACUCGUUCUCAUCGAACCUGUGAUAGCGAAAGACGUGAUAGACGGAAAAGGCCCGAUAUUCGCAAAGCUUUCGCUCGCUCGAAAGGACGUCUGGCCAUCUCGGUCCCAUUCAGCAGCAUAUUUCAAAAAAGGAUACAAGAAGUGGGACGCGCGAGUCCUCGACCUAUGGCUCAAACACGGUCUGCGGGAUCUCGAGGAUAUAUCAACCCCCGACCCGGAAUCCAGACCGGUCACUCUCGCCACAACCAAGCACCAAGAAGUCGCUCAGUACCUGCGCAGCAACUUCCCGAACAGGCGACCACUAGACAUCGACAACGACCCAGACACUCAAUUCUCGCACGACCCCAGCUUAUACCCCGACAUCAUCGGGCCCUCAUCUGGCAUCUAUCCGUUCUACCGCCUGGAGCCCAUCCUCCUAUGGAAGAUGAUAAAGCACCUGCGGCCGUCAGUCCUCUACCUCUUCGGCGACCAAAGUCCCGUCUCCACACCCACGAUGCGCGCCGAAAAGCUACACCGCACAGGCAAAGGCAUUGGCGGGAGCGGGGGAUACAAGACCGGUCGCGUCAAGGAGGUGACCAUCCCGAAUACAGGACACCAUCUCCCCUUCGAGGAUGUUUCUGGUGUAUCUGAAGCGACUGCCGAGUGGUUGUGCCAGGAGACGAAACGGUGGGGAGAAGACGAGAAGAGGAUCCUGGGGGGGUGGCUGGAGAUGUCGACUAAGGAACGAUCUUCUAUCCCGCAGGAGUGGCACGGGCAUUUAGAGUCGUUUUCUGUGCCAUCGAGACGGUCGAAGCUGUGAGCUGUGAUUGGG